CUGCAGAUUUAAAACUGAAAAACAUAAACCUAUAGGUUUAUCGUCGGUUAAUCAUUAUUUGCAGAUUACCAGUGACUCGUGCGAAAAACAUCAAUUUUCAAAUAUGAUAACCGAGAAGCCAAUUCGGAAUUACAACCCUAGCUGCCUUAACGAUCAGCGGGUGUUUCAUCAUCCAAAGUUUCUCUUCUCGUCGGCGGUGCAACGAUCAGCGCAGAGCAAAGCGCGCGCGCAUAAGGAAGGCACGUACUGGUUUGACGUUGCUGGACGGUUCGACGGGCGAUGUCCCCAGAAAGUGUUUGACGUCCCGUCGUGACGGUGGUUUCACCUGGAACUUGAGCUACAACUACCAAGUAGUCGUUGGUUUUGAAGUAGUGCAAAUUCGCAGUAGUACACGAGGACUGGUGAAAAAUUUGGACACCUGCGGCCUCGUUUCGUCCGUCAGGAUCCCGUUCGUCAGACCGAUCAGUCCCUCCUAACUCCGGUCGGUGAACUGCCGGGACCGGUGAUUGUCCGAAUGUUUUGAUGCGAUACGAUGAUACUAUAAAUUCGCUCCGCGCACCCGGCCAACUGUUAUGAACCGCCCACGAAAUCAGUCUACAAUCUGCCCCACCGCGAGGUCCAUAAUCUCAAAUCGUCGGAAGUUCUCACACAGAAAAUUCGCCACUCUCACAAUUAGCACACACCGCACACGGAAACCUUUACGCGAGUGACUGUUGACGAACGACAGCUGUAUAUAAUCGCCCAGAUGCCCGAUGCGAUUAAUAGAACAGAACUUCACGCCGACGAGAGCGUUGAUUACGAAUCAUCGGUCGUUAUAAAUACGCCGGUAGGACAACUACCGGUUACAGUUGUCAGUCGCACACAUUUCUUCCGGAGUGAUUGAUUGGUGAUCAGAAACUGAUCGUUAAAAAAAAAAUAAAAAAUAUAAGAUUGGUAGAAGUUAGUGGAACAUUAACCGGCAGCUAUUAGAUGGAUGUAUUCUAUUCUUUACCGUUUGUGAUAUCAGUAACUACCGUUGUCUUUUUAGUUGAUACAAUGCUGAAUGAAUCGGAACAGAUAUCGCAUACCGAGUUCAGUUGAUCGAAGUAUAUGCGGAAAUGGAAAAUUUGAGGAGAAAAGAUAACAAGACCAAUCACUGAUCAUCAAUUUUCAUCGUAGAAUAAUAAAUAAAGCUCACUGUGAUAAUAUUCCAAGCGAAGGAUUCCCUUUGUUUAUUAAUAAUUACCUAGCUCGAUUUGCAGCGAGGAAACUGACGCGUAUUAUAACAAGCGUUUGUUGAACUCGUCUAUUUUUUCGACGGAAGUUAGAUAGCGAUUUAUACUUUUAGUUGAUUAACUUGUGAAUUAUUUGCCAAGCAAAAUAUAGAGCAAGCGAACAGAUUGUGCGUGAAUUUGUACAAAUAUUUUACGGAGGUAUAGAGAAAAGUAUUAACACUACCGGAUAAAUAAAUUGAGAAAAAGUAUUAAAAUAUAAUCGAUAUGGAUGAACUGACGGGACUUUGGAUUUUUGGAUAUGGAUCACUUUGCUGGCACCCUGGAUUUGAAUAUGAGAAAAGCAUUACCGGACACAUAAAAGGAUUUAACAGGAGAUUUUGGCAAGGAAACGUCACGCAUCGAGGCACUGUUGAAAAGCCUGCACGUGUAGCUACUCUGGUCGAAGACAAAGAGGGUAUAGCGUGGGGGAGAGCAUUUGAAAUUCGUGGCAGCACAGCCCUUCCUUAUUUGGAAAAAAGAGAGUGUGCUCUGGGUGGCUAUUUGACACAACUUACAACUUUUUAUUCGAAAGACGGUACCCGUAGUUUUCCCGCCCUCGUUUAUAUCGCUACAACAUCAAAUCAGCAUUGGCUUGGAGAUGCUCCGGUCACAUCGAUUGCAACGCAAAUUACCGAAUGCUCUGGUCCUAGCGGUCAUAACGUCGAAUACGUUCUUAGAUUAGCAGAUUUUAUGCAUAAAUAUCUUCCGGAAGCUAACGAUGAACAUUUAUUUUCCUUGGAAAUGUUGGUGAGAGCGAGAGUGAAAGAACUGAAAAUGUGCCUGACUACGUUGAUGGGAAAUAAGGAGUUCGUGAUAGAUUUGAAGGACGCGGACCAAGAAGAUGGCGUCCUUGACGAUCGACUGGAUAACGACAAUCUUGAGAACGUCGUUAGACAAGAUUCCUUCCAAUUCACUUCCAGAGUUCCGCCGAAAAAACUUCGCUGCCUAAACAUGUAAAGGCUGUGAUUAGAAAAAUUGAAAAACCCCUCUACCCGGGUACACGUAUAGAAAUACAAAUAUUAGAAAAAUCGCUCGUAUCGAAAUGCGAGCAGUUUCGAAAACCCUUUAUAGGGCUGAUGUAUUUUUUAUCGCAUUGGAUUAGAUAAUCGUCUAGAAAAAACUAGAUCUUUGUCUUCCAAACCUGAACCUGAUUUAAUAAAUUGCUUAAUUAAGAUGGGUUUCGAAAUAAAACGAGAAAUGGGUGGUUUGGUCGAAAGGCUCCGUUUAUUUGCAUCAAGCGCGACUUAUUUGAAUGAAAAGAAGACUUUAAACAGGAAUUCAUGAGGCCCUAUGUUUUUAUCAUCGAACGUGUUCAAAAGUGGGAUUGCACGAGAGCUGCGUUGAUCCAGUUAUCGUAAUUAUAACUUGAACUUUUUGCAAAUGAGGACAACCAAUUUUACAGCUUACUGUGGAGUAAGCAGUUAAUAAUGAUUAUCGUAGUACGAUGAGAUUCUGAUUGAUCUAACUACUUCGAUAUUCGAGAUGUUUACUAGAGUAAGAAACGAACAUCGAUGCGAGAAAGUUACCUCGCACAAAUACCAUGACGCGUUGACCACGAUCAGCCAAGUAUAUACAUAUAAUUUUUAAUUGUUUGUCGCGCGACUAUGUCUAUAUUAUAAAAAUUAAAUGUGACAUAAUUCUAAGUAUAACUGAAAUGUAUAGCGUGAUUAAAGCGAUGAGCCAUGAAUUUGAAAAUGUGAUGUAUUCGACGUGAAUACGUCACAAUAUUUUUGUAUAAGGUAUUCUGCGUGAAUGAUAUCAUCUAUCAUGUUGAUAUGAAAGGAGUGUGUGAAAAGUGAUAAUUAUAUCAACAUCAUCACUCGCGAUUAGUUUUGCCACUUGUAAGAAUGUUCACUAAGGAGCGUUAUGAAUGAACUUGUUGACGAGUGAGUUGGGCAACUGUUUUAUAACGGCUACAUCUUGCAGGAUGGCUUCCGAGUAAUUUAGAAUCACCUUUAACGGCGUACAUCGAAUUUCAACUUUAGCUAAUCAACGACGUGGGCUACAGUCUGAUUAUAUUAUAAUAUAUUGAUUGAUUGAAAAAUGGUAUUGAUAACGAUGUGACGAUAAUAAUUUUGAUUACGAUAUGAUUAUGCGCUAUGAAUGAGUACGAUUUUGGUAUAUGCUUUUAAAAAUUGUGUUUUAUCUCAGCAGACAACCACGUCAAUUUUCUAACAGAACAGAACAUCUGUGUGUCGAAAAUUAAUCUGUCAAAAUAACGAAGCUUGCCUGUCAUCAUUGCGGCGAACUUCCUGCUCUAAUAUUGUUAUUGUAAUCUGAAUAUUAAAAAUCUUCUCUCUUUCAUUGGUUUUUGGUACAAAACUUUUGUAUUUAUAUAGAGAAAAUAUAUUCAUAUGUGUACUGCAAGCCUAA